AUGACGACUAUGAAGGGCAAAGUUGAGGGCCAGAGGAGUCGCGGCAGACCACCCGCUAGAUGGAGCGCACAAGUUACUACACCGUUGCAUCUACAUCUGCAGGAAGCCGUGCAUAUGGCGGCCUCUUCACUUUCUCGUGCACAAGCCCGGCUACCACUUCGAGAGCUGCUGCGGGGUCUGCAACCUGUUCCCGGGGGUGCUUCUCAUCGCCUUCGCCCAGGUAACACUCUAACCCCCUUAUUGAUUAAUGUGCAUGUGCAGCGUCUUCACUUGCUCGUGCACAAGCCCGGCUACCACUUCGAGAGCUGUUGCGGGGUCUGCAACCUGUUCCCGGGGGUGCUCCUCAUCGCCUUCGCCCAGGUGCUUGUGGGAGCUGUGUUGCUGACGCUACUGACGUCUCACGGUCCGCAGUAUGACGAGAUUCACCGUACACAAUCUACUCAGCUAAUCAGCUUGGCUACCGGCGCGGUUUUGAGUGGAGUCACUGGCGCUGGUCUCCUGCUGAUCGUGGUGGCGCUCACCGAAAACUGCAAGGCCAUGCUGGUGUACCUGCUUGUGGCGUUGAUAGUCAUGAUGGGUAUCGCGACGCUGGGCCUCUUUAAGAUCAACAGAUCAUGCGGCCUCUUUAAAGAUGCUCCUAAAAUAAAGGACGAGCAACACCGGCUGGCUAACUUGGCGUGCGUCAGCGGCCUGCUCACUUUUUUCGGUGCCGUGAUAUACUUCUUCUCAUUCGUGGUGGUGUUCAGCUUCUACCACUUCAGAUACGUCCGCCGCGCCAUCUUGCUGCACGAGGCCGAGUGCGAUUAGUGCGAG